AUGCUGUUCCUGUGGACUUUAUUUGGUGUGGGAGUCAUACUGCAGGUGUUGUUGGGCUGCCUCACCAGUAUCAGUCACCAGCGCCUGACUGUAGCUCUUCAAGCUCAAGACACUAGUGCUGCAGAAGCACAUAGUAGUCAGUGUUCGGAUAGGAGUUUGGUGAAUUAUGAGGCAUCAAUACAAACAGCCUCUCACACUUCAUUUGUAAACUAUGUUGUGGACAGUUACAGCAACACAGCGUCUACUGAUCUGGAAGAUGCAAAUGCAAGAUUCCUCAAUUGGCUAAAGGACAUUGCACCUGUCUGGGAUGCAGUCCAGCUCUCAGCAAAGUCUUUGCAACUUGCUCCCAAGUCUCUCAACACAAGCAUUUCUAUUGUUUGCAGCGAACCAAAUGAGUUAGCUAUCAAGAGUAGUGUCAUGGCAAAGGCAACUGUUGCUGAUCUUGCGGCAUUGAUCUACCCUUUCAUUGGCAACUGGAGGUCCGGAGUGUCCAAUCCGUCUCUUGUGGAUCUGACGCACACUAUCACUCUGCGUGACAUAAAGAAGACAAGGGAUGGAAUACUAGAAGCGUUGAAUAAGAUACUGCUUGAGAGUUAUUUAAGAAAGUAUCACAAUGCAUUGACGGAGCAGCCUGAAUCCCCUAUUGCAGCUGCUCUCUUAACUCGCUCCAGACAGCAUCUAUUCAAGGACUCAGACUACUUUGCAUAUCACAAUGCUACAAAGUCAUUGAUCUCUCGAUGGCUUUGUCAACUUGAAUCCUCAAUCCUCAAAACUCUCAUCCUCAUAGCUAGGCAAGUCACACUUGGGUGUACCAAAACCUUCCAAAACCGCCAAUUGGAUCAUGAUGUUCUGCAAGUUAUCCUGAUAUUGGGGAAGUACUUUGACAUCCAAGGCCCUAGGAAAAGAUAUUGCCACUUUGGAAGGGCUAUACAUGUGUUUUGUAAUGUUCAAGGUCUUAUUGAGAAUGGAAUCAGGCGUAUGGUCUCUGACAAGCCUGAGGAAGAACUUACUGCUUUUGUAUUCCUGGAUUUGCUCAAACUAUUGCCUGGGCUCAAGAAACAUUUGAUGAGAGAAGAUCCUUCCGGGGAGGACAUAAUCCACAUCACAGAUUUGAUUCAGAAAAGAGUCAAUGGAGCCAGAUCAGAUGACACCAAGGGUAAGGGUAUCAGGAGUGCUGUCAUCGAUUGGAUCAUGCCCAAGGAGCAGACAUUUGCGCCUCAUAUUCCCCGCAAUGUGAAGGCUGGAUGCAGCUUCAACCACAAACACACAGGCACUCUCCUAUGCCCUUCCGUGUUAGACUGGUCAAAUACUGAAGGAUCCCUGGAACGGCCUAUUAAGAAGUGGUUAAUCUUUGUUGACCAAGAAUCUAAGGCCACACGCUCUGGUAAUGCCAGGAUACAUAGCAUGCAAGUCGUGACGAAAGCUUCUGUUGCAUACGUGGCCACACAAGCUUAUUCAACUCAAAAUCUUGUUGCAUAUACAAUGUUGCUCUGA